AUCCUUUCUGGCUUUAAUACUUCUAGCGGGUCGUUUACACGAAGUUGACCGAGAAGUUAGUUUUCUGCAAUUAGUUUUAGGGAAUUGGCUACCAAACGAUACAAUUACAGCGUCGAAAACAAGAGGAACAGCUCAAACUGGACAAGGAAACAACGUCAAAAGCAAUACGAAUCAGCUGACAGCGUCUCAAAAGCAGCAUUUCAAUCACCUAAAGAACGAUAUCAAACAUUUUAUAAUGGAAUUAUCUUCAGCUAGAACAACAUUAGUUUUGAGUGUUGUAUUUGUAGUCAUAUACAUAUUUAGUUGGUGGUGGAUGGCAUUUGCUAUUAAACAGGUUCGAGAAGGGGGUAACGUUUCUUUAAGAACUGUGCUCUUACUAUCCGUUUUUGCUGCCGUAGAUAUUGCUGCCAGUGCUGGAUUUAUCUUGUUAAGGAUUAUUAUGUAUAUUAAAAGAGAUAGGUUAUAUCCAAGUGAUAUGAGGUCUCCCAAUGCUAUUUUAGAACACGAUCAACUUGCUGCAUAUGCAGCUUUAAGAUUAGUUACUUUACAGUCAAGUUGUGCGAGCACUGAUGUUCUUGUAACUAUUGUUGUUGGUUUCUUAACUGUUCUCAGGGUUUACAGCGUAAUGUGUGUCGUUUCUUACUACAAGAAGGCGAAAAAUGGAGAUAGAGACUUAUUCCAAAAAGAAGUAACGGGAGGUUCAGAAGCUACAGAAAGGACAGGAAGUGAAUCUAUUAAAGAUAUGGAUGAAUAUAUCCCUAGACCAUUACUAAUCGAUUACAACUCUAAGAAGCAUCACAGCUACAGCGGUCAUCGAGGUCCGAGAUCAAACACGAGUGCUACAGCAUCAACAGACGGAGAUGCAUUAAGAGAUUUAAAAAUUCAAGCAUCCGAUAUGUCCGUAGACAUGCAGAAAGCUGCAGUUGCAAGCGCUACUCAAGCAAUAAAAUUAUAUACUGCUGAAAAACAUAUUGCGGAAAGUAUCAAGCAAGAUUUCGAUCAGAUGUAUCAUCCUACUUGGCACUGCAUCGUCGGAAGAAAUUGGGGAAGUUGCGUCACACAUUCUAAACAGUGCUACGUACGUUUAGCAUAUAAAGAUAUGACCAUUAUGUUGUAUAGAUCAACAUGAAUCGAUUCCAACGUUAAUUUAUUAAAUGACUAAAUAUUACAGCCAUCUAUUUAUUAAGUUAAUAUUUUAAAAUUGGUAAAUUAUAAUUUUAAAACACAAUUUUAUAUAAGCUACAGAUGAAAAAUGCCGCUUUUUUAAACAGAGUUAAUAACUUUUAAACAAGAUGAAAGAACAACUUUGCUGAAGUGUUACAAGUAGCAGCAAGGUCAAGAAUCUCAAACAGAGUCAAAGUACGACUUUUAAUUGUUUAUUUUUUUAUUAUAGUUAAAUCUUGAAUGCGAUUUUAAGAUUUAGAAAACCAGAUCGGCAGCCUUUUAAUCUUUCAAUAAAACUGCAAUUUUUCUAUAUUCAAAACUCGUUUCUUUUAUGGAGAAUGCGACGAUUGACAUGAGGCUCUUAUAUAUAUUUAUACAUCAUGUUGAGUUUUACAGCAUGAAACGAGGAAAUAUGGUUAAAUAAGCAAAACACGUCGAUAUAAAUGAGUUUUCCGUGAUCGAAGAUCGGUAGUUAAGAGUUUUGUAACAGUAAAUAUAUCGAUAUAUAUUUGUAUAAUGAAAUAUAAUAAUGAAUUAUUUGUAAA